UGGUGUUAAAACUAUCUAUUUUAAUAUACUCUUCCAAAUCUCAACAAAUAGACUCAAAAGCCAAAACUUUGAAAACAAAAGAAACAACCCUCAAUCUUCUAAAUUCAUCUUUGCCAAGUUUUUCUAAUUAUGGGCCAAUCCCUCAAUAAAUUUGCAAAAGAGGAGAAGAAGGGCAUGGAAAUCGGGCCUGUAAUCGAAGAAUGCUAUGAUAGAUACUUCGUAAACACUAACGAUUGGAACUCAGCAGACUUCUGCCAUGCCGUUUGCCAAACCGUCGAAGACAUUAACAAAACCCUUGGUAGCACUCAAUUUCGUGUGCCAAAGACCAGCACACUCGAGCAUGCAUACAAAAAACAUCACCAAGGCAAAGGAAAAUCACUAACCAAAGAAGAAUUUCAAAAGAUCCUUCAACAAGUGAUUCUUGAUACAGGUGUUACAAAUGUUGGUGCAAAAGACAUGUUAUUCUACCUAUAUGGGGUGCCUGCAACUGCCUUGUUCAUCAAGCAACGUUUGGUUCCUAAUCUAAUCCCGAACAAAGCUUUCAUCCCUCUCGUUACUUCUGCCACCGUUUUUCUUCUUGCCAAGUUCAAUAAGAUCUAAGUUAUACCACUCUUUUUUCUCCUUAUUGCUGAAAAAUUAUGUCUUGAUUGAUGAUUUGGCUUAUAUAUAUAUCUUUGAAAUCUAUAUAACAUUUACGAAAAUAUUAGAUACAAACCUCGGUGUAUUAUGUUAUUAUACUUGUCGUUGAAGUAACUCAUUACAUAGACUCGAUUUCGUAAGAAGACCAAUGCCAAAACCUAACCGAUAAAAGCAUCAUCAUCGCAAAAGUAUUUCAAACAUUCAACAACAAAAAGAAAACAUCAACGAAGAAAAA